CAGUGCUUUUCCUUCCUCUCGUUGAUGUAUCAAACUUGACGAUCUGGUAGUCUUGUCCGAGGGAGCCGCGCCGAGAUCUGACGCGGCUACAGUGGCGUCCGGUCCUGUGAGAGGGGAGGGGUGUCUUUUUACAGGGCGGUGAGGGGAGCAGAGCAGAGCACGGCCUCCCCCGUGCCUCUCCGCUUCCUAAAUUUGGCCGCCUGCACUGCCGAGCUCCGCCUCUGCUCUACAGUUUCGCUCCGGCUUCACUCAGGGGCUUGUUGCGAAAAGGAGCCGUUUCCGGGAGGUGCCCAGCCCAGCCAAUGGAGUCCUCCCGGGGGAAGCGGAGAUGGAGGUGGAGUGCCGGAUCCAUGCUAAAACUGGCGGGGCUGUGCCUCGCCGCGGCCGUCUGCCUGUGCGGCGUUCGGUCCCUGGCUUGCGACGGUGGCAGCGGCUGCAGCGCGCGUACUGUGCUGCUCCGUUCAGAUUUUUGGAGACGAGCUGCAGCUUCUUGCGGUGAUCAGGGGUGCUCUGGUGGCGGCGGGCAAUGGCUUCAGCGGCGGCGGCGGCUGCUGGCGGAGGGGCCGGGGUCCUACCCGCCGCGGUGCGCGUCCAAGUGCGGCGCCUGCAGCCCGUGCUACCCGGUGCACGUGGCCGUGCCGCCGGGCGUGCCGGUGACCACGGAGUACUACCCGGAGGCGUGGCGGUGCAAGUGCGGCAACCGGCUCUACAUGCCGUGAACGGCCGACCCCGGCGCAGCCGGAGCGAAGGAGGAAGAUGGCCGGGCCGGGUGAGGAGGCCGUCUCGACUCGAGCGCGGCCUGCCGCUCUGCGCUCGUGCGCAGCGCCGGUCGGGCGCCGCAUUAUUGCUCCGGGCCGGUGUGGCUCGCCGCGCAUGGGCGGGAUCUGCAGCGCGCGUGGUGGCGACCUACCACAGGCCGGCCCGACUGUGCGUGUCCUUUUUCCGUGGGGCGGGGAUUCGGGAGGCGCGCGCUGGAAUUCGCCGCCCGGCCCUACCACGAGGCGUGCAGGCAUGGCGGGCGUACGGCGGCGUCAGCGCGUGUUGGAUCGAGCCGAGGAGGGAGGCGAGCUGCGAUGCUGCGGCCGGGCCGGCGGCCCACUCCUGCACGUGUCCGGGUGAUCUCGCUGUUGAAGCGUUGAUAUGCUCCAUGUUUUCAAUUUCUUCUUGUGCUGUUUUCGGAUCUGGGCUUGUUACAAAAUUUUGUGGUCCACUUUGUAGCUGUAACUAAAUGAGUCGUGGUAGGAUGGAACAAUUCGAACUAGGUGCAAUGUAGAAUGG